AAGACGAACAAAACUCCUUCAAAGUGAGGGACAAAAAAUGGCGAAUUUACUGGAAACAUCAAUCUUCUUCUCCUCGGCUGAUAAAUUGAUUUCAUUCGCGUCUCAUAAUUCUCAAAGCCAUCUUCUCCCUUUCUCUGCUUUCAUCAAUGGAGGAAGAAGGAGACGCAAAAGCUCAACUAUCACCUUUGCUUCCGACACUGUCACUUACAGUAGCAUCACCAGUACGGAGGUAAAAAGCUCUGUUGAGGAUCCUAUGGAAGUUGAGGUUGCUGAAGGCUACACUAUGGCUCAGUUCUGUGACAAGAUCAUUGAUCUUUUCUUGAAUGAGAAACCUAAAGUUAAACAAUGGAAGACUUAUUUGGUUUUAAGAGAUGAAUGGAACAAGUACAGUGUUAAUUUCUAUAGGCGUUGCAGAAUCCGAGCUGAUUCCGAAACUGAUCCUAUAUUGAAGCAGAAGCUGUUAUCUUUGGAAAGUAAAGUCAAGAAGAUAGAUGAGGAAAUGGAGAAGCACAAUGACCUAUUGAAGGAGAUUCAAGAAAACCCGACUGACAUAAACGCAAUCGCUGCCAAGAGACGCAGAGACUUCACGGGAGAGUUUUUCCGCUAUGUCGCUUUGUUAUCAGAAACUCUUGAUGGCUUAGAAGACCGAGAUGCUGUUGCGAGGCUUGCAACUAGAUGUUUAUCUGCUGUGAGUGCUUAUGACAAUACUUUGGAGAGUGUUGAGACUCUAGAUUCUGCUCAAGCAAAGUUUGAUGAUAUUUUAAACUCUCCAUCCGUGGAUGCCGCUUGCGAAAAGAUCAGAAGUUUAGCCAAGUCAAAGGAGCUAGAUUCUUCACUGAUUUUAUUAAUAAACAGUGCUUACGCUGCAGCUAAAGAGUCUCAAACCGUUACAAACGAGGCUAAAGACGUAAUGUAUCAUUUAUACAAAGCUACAAAGAGCAGUCUUAGAAGCAUUACACCGAAAGAGAUCAAACUUUUAAAGUACUUGCUCAACAUAACAGACCCCGAAGAACGAUUCUCUGCUCUAGCAACAGCAUUCUCUCCUGGCGAUGACCAUGAAGCUAAGGACCCUAAAGCAUUAUACACGACGCCAAAAGAGCUGCAUAAGUGGAUAAAAAUAAUGCUUGAUGCUUACCAUCUCAACAAAGAAGAAACUGACAUUAAAGAAGCUAAACAGAUGAGCCAACCAAUUGUUAUACAGCGGCUUUUCAUCCUCAAGGACACAAUCGAAGACGAGUAUUUAGACAAGAAAACAAUCGUGGCUGAUGAAAAUCAAAAGAAGGAAGAAGAUACCAGCCAAACAUUUCUUUUGUUCGUCUCCGACCUUAAACCCUACGAUCUCCACCGACUCUCAUCCAAUCAAAUGGCCUCCGUCGCGCUUCUACGGUCCCUUCGCCGCCGUGAAGUCCAAACGGCUUCCGUAUCUGCGUUUAAAUCCAUCUCCGCAAAUGGAAAGACGUCUUUGUUUGGGAAAUUGGGUUACUUGGCGAGACCUUUCUGCUCGAGGCCUGUGGGGAAUGAUGUUAUCGGUAUUGAUUUGGGUACUACCAAUUCUUGUGUAGCUGUGAUGGAAGGAAAGACCCCUAGGGUUAUUGAGAAUGCGGAAGGAAGUCGAACCACACCAUCAGUCGUUGCUAUUAACCAAAAAGGGGAACUCCUUGUUGGUACACCAGCUAAACGUCAGGCUGUGACUAAUCCAACAAACACGAUUUUCGGUUCUAAACGUUUGAUUGGGAGACGUUUUGACGAUCCACAGACACAGAAGGAGAUGAAAAUGGUUCCUUACAAGAUUGUUAAGGCACCUAACGGUGAUGCUUGGGUUGAAGCCAAUGGACAGAUGUUUUCUCCCAGUCAGAUUGGAGCUAAUAUCCUCACUAAAAUGAAGGAAACCGCUGAAGCUUACCUCGGGAAAUCUAUCACCAAAGCUGUUGUUACUGUUCCAGCUUAUUUCAAUGAUGCACAGAGACAAGCCACCAAGGAUGCUGGGAAAAUCUCUGGUCUUGAUGUCCUGAGGAUCAUCAACGAACCUACAGCUGCUGCACUAUCAUAUGGUAUGAACAACAAGGAAGGUGUCAUUGCAGUGUUUGAUCUUGGAGGUGGAACCUUUGAUGUUUCUAUCUUGGAAAUCUCAAGUGGUGUUUUUGAGGUUAAAGCAACAAAUGGAGAUACCUUUUUGGGAGGAGAAGACUUUGACAACACUUUGUUGGAGUACUUGGUUGAUGAGUUCAAAAGAUCAGAUAAUAUUGAUCUGACUAAAGACAAGCUUGCCCUCCAGAGGCUGAGAGAAGCUGCAGAGAAGGCCAAGAUUGAGCUCUCUUCUACAUCUCAGACCGAAAUCAACCUGCCUUUUAUUACAGCGGAUGCUUCAGGAGCUAAGCACUUGAAAAUCACCUUAACGAGGUCAAAGUUUGAAGCUCUGGUGGGCAAAUUGAUUGAGAGAACAAGAUCCCCGUGCCAAAACUGCCUGAAGGAUGCUGGAAUCACAGUUAAGGAAGUUGAUGAGGUUCUUCUUGUUGGUGGAAUGACCCGUGUUCCCAAAGUGCAAGAGAUAGUUUCUGAGAUCUUUGGGAAGAGUCCUUGUAAAGGUGUUAACCCGGAUGAAGCGGUUGCCAUGGGAGCAGCCAUUCAAGGUGGUAUCCUCCGUGGUGAUGUGAAGGAGUUGCUUCUUUUGGAUGUGACUCCUCUCUCAUUAGGUCUCGAAACACUUGGAGGAAUCUUCACCAAGUUGAUUCAACGAAACACCACUAUUCCCACAAAGAAGUCUCAGGUUUUCUCUACGGCUGCAGACAACCAGAUGCAAGUGGGAAUCAAAGUUCUUCAGGGAGAACGUGAAAUGGCAUCGGACAACAAAUUGCUUGGAGAAUUCGAUCUUAUGGGGAUCCCACCAGCACCUAGAGGAAUGCCACAGAUCGAAGUUACAUUCGACAUUGAUGCCAAUGGUAUUGUUACUGUGUCAGCGAAAGACAAAGCAACAGGUAAAGAGCAACAGAUCACAAUCAGAUCUUCAGGUGGUCUCUCAGACGAUGAGAUUAACAGAAUGGUGAAAGAAGCUGAGCUUAACGCACAGAAGGAUCAAGAGAAGAAGCAACUUAUCGACCUUAGGAACAGUGCUGAUACUACCAUAUACAGUGUUGAGAAGAGCUUGAGUGAAUACAGAGAGAAGAUUCCAGCUGAGAUUGCCUCUGAGAUCGAAACUGCAGUGUCUGAUCUCAGGACUGCUAUGGCUGGUGAGGAAAUUGAAGACAUCAAGGCUAAGCUCGAAGCUGCGAACAAGGCAGUGUCGAAGAUCGGAGAACACAUGUCUAAGGGAUCCGGAUCAUCUGAUUCCUCUGGACCCUCUGGUGAGGGUACAAGUGGAACUGAGCAGACGCCUGAAGCUGAGUUCGAGGAGGCGAGCGGUUCAAGGAAGUGAGGUUGCUAACCGGUUCCAUACAGAAUUCAGGUUUUUUUCCAAAUAAGUUUACAAGCUUAUCUCCCUCACAAAUUUGAUUAGUUUUGUGUAUUUAAAACCUUAUUUGAGAGGUACCUCUUGAUAUCUUUGAAACCUAUUGAGAGUCUCGGAUGUAGUUUCUUUGAUUGGUUUUUUCAUGAAAUUUACGGUUAUUAUCUUGACCGGUUAAUGAGUCAAUUUCAGAUAAGAUUAUGACCUCUUAAGUUUGUUUUAUGGAUGAAGAAUGGCGGUAAUUGAAUUGUUUUGUAACCCUUAAAACCUCUUUGAAAGUAUAUAACAAUUUCUAGGAAAAUGUGGGCGUUGUCGGUUUUUUGAAGUGCAAAGAAGCUUAAUGAAAAGACUUGGUCAUG